AUGAACACAACCUAUGACGUGAGGUCUACGGCAGUAAGUUUGUCAACUACGAAGACUUCCAGAACUGAAACAAGCGCAGUUUCAAAGACUGAAUGUUUUCCGCUAGACAAUCGUUACAAAUGGUCGAUGAAUGUAUUUUCAAAAACGAAUAUGGCAGUGCUAAGGAAAGAAUUCAUAAAGCACAAAAAGUACAAACCUCUUUGUUUCACCUUUGAAGCUUGUAAGAAAAAUGAACCUAAAAAUAGAUAUGACGAUGUGAUAUGUAUUGACGCCACACGUGUUAUUCUCAAGGGAAGACCUCCGGAUGACGACUACAUUCACGCGAACUGGAUGAUAAUGCCGGAUCAGCAGAAAUAUAUCUGCACACAGGGUCCUCUCCAAGAAACGCUGAUAGAUUUUUGGCAGAUGAUUUUUACGGAAGGGUGCAAUGUUAUUGUAAUGUUAUGCUCAUUCAAAGAAGGAAAGAACGAAAAAUGCGCAGUUUAUCAUCCGAAGACAAAAGACGAGUGUGGAAAGUUUGGCCCGUUCAGAGUAUUUCUAAUGGAAUCGAAAAAAAGUCCUUUUAAUGGUGUCAGUUACAAGGUGUUAUCUGUCAGAAGAGCGAAGACUACCUCGUAUGAAGUACAUCACUUGGCAUAUCCGGAUUGGCCCGACCACACAGCUCCUACAGAUCCAGCUCCAAUUGUGUGUAUGAUGAAAUUUGCUCGAUUCUUAGCUAAAGGAAAUCCGAUCACUGUACAUUGUUCCGCUGGAAUUGGUCGUUCAGCCACGUUUGUUGAUUAUGCUAUGCAACGAAUUCGACAAGACAGUACUGUAAGCAUGGUGGAUGUUCUGAAAGAGUUGAGAAACCAGCGUUAUCAGAGCGUUCAAGGAAUUAUUCAAUACGUUUUCCUGUACAUUUGCGUUCUCGAAGGUUUUGCAUAUAUACUUGGAUGGCCCGUCUUCACUGGACGUGCGGGCCCCAGCAUCUCUUCCACUCGUUUCGUUCCCUCGCCAUUGUCAUCCAAGAUGUUCUCAAGUUUCGUGAUUGACAUUGACGGGCUCCUUGAACCGUAUCCAGCUCAGCUCUCAGCUGGUCCAUCCGUGUUGCGAACACGUCACCCCAUUUCGUUGGCGGUCUCCAUCGAGGGCGUUUAG